AUGGCGCCAGGAACCCUUUUAGAUAGCAGCCGGGAGGCCAGCCCCGUCGACGACCGCCGCCCUACCGUCUACCUCCUAGACAAGUUCCACCCAGAAGCCAUCAAGUACUGCCAGCAGCGCUUCAGGCCCAUCCAGCCCGACGACAAGGAGCACGUCCACUGGCGGCAAAAUGCCCAGUACCUGCUCAUCCGCUCCUCCUACCUUACCGCCGAUGACAUCGCCGCCUGCCCAAACCUCAAGGCCGUCGGCAAGCAAGGGGUCGGAAUCGACAAGAUCGACGCCGACGCGUGCGCCGCGAGGGGAAUCAAGAUCUUCAACACCCCCGGCGUCAACUCCCGCGCCGUCGCGGAGCUCGUCCUCGGGCUGACCAUGGCCGUCGCGCGCGAGAUCCCCAAGAUCCACGAGCGGCAGGUCCAGGGCAAGCUGGUGCCCAAGGAGGUGUGCUCAGGCCUGAUCCUGCACAAGAAGACCCUCGGUCUUCUGGGCAUGGGGAACAUCAGCGAGUCCGUCGCGCGCAUCUUCCGCGGCGCCUUUGACGCGGAGCUGAUCGCGUACGACCCGUUCGUGCCGGAGACGGCGUGGGCGGACAUCCCGCACAGGCGCGCGGCGACGGUGGAGGAGGUCCUGAGGGAGUGCGAUGUGCUGAGCAUCCACGUGCCGCUCACCCCGAGCACAAAGGGACUGGUCUCCUACGACCAGCUGGCGAUGAUGAAGCCGCACGCGGUUCUCAUCAACGCCGCCCGCGGAGGCAUUGUGCAUGAGGAGGAUCUCGCGCGAGGUCUGCAGGACAACUUGAUAUGGGGAGCGGGAUUGGACUGCCACGAGCAGGAGCCGCCAAGCAAGGCAAAGUAUGGCGCCCUCUGGCAGCAGAAUGUGGUCAGCACGCCUCACAUCGGCGCUGCGACGGAGCAGACGCAGAUGGAGACGGCCAUUGCGGCGGUUGAGAGGCUGUAUAAUUUUGUACAAGGUUCUUGA